AUGCCUUUACAGAAGAAACAACCUCCAUCUCAACACAACCUCUUUGAUGAGCAGGGUCCAACUGUGACCUUACCACCACCAGUUCAGAGACAUCAUUCCUACUCGAGAAGCUCAACAGAUCUGCCGCCCUUGGCCUCUCCUCGAACCGUGUCGCCGACUCGGCUCUCAACCUUCCUCCCGUCACUUCGUUCCCGCAAUACAUCACCCGACAGAGUCUCGCCCGCAGAGGCAGCAGAGUUUGAGGUAGAAGACACUGAGAUCAACCGCAAGGGCACGAACAGCAGUGCAGUGGCCAAAGGGCUUGCUGCAUGGUUCGAAGGGACUUCAGAUCCGGUCAAUAUAGGUCUGGUCCCCACACCCAAUAAGGAACGAGAGGAAUUUGUCAAAAGCACAGAACGUCCUGCCGAUAUCGUGUUCAGCAAUAGCUCGGAAAGCAUGGAUUCCCUCACUCAGCGCCCCUUCCGGCCUCAGUCGCAGUCUCGGCCGUCUACCUCCACUCGAUUCAGCUUCUUUCGAAAACAGUCUACAACAAAUCUCUCCUCGCCUGCUGACGGAGACGAGCUAUCGACAUUAGACAUUCGAGAAUCCUUGUUCCCAAACGGGCCAGUAGACGAGUACUCGCCAGCUGCGUUCAAGAAUCUGCAGCUCAACGCAGAGGGCUUGCUUCGACGAUAUCAAGGGGCUCAUGUUGAGCAGCAAAAGCAAAUAAAGGCCUUGACCGUGACCAAAACAGCUCAGCGUGACGACCUCGAAGCAUCGCAGAUCAGAGGCGAGCACCUCAAGUUGCAGCUCGAAGAAAUGGCAGAGAGGUCUGCAGAACAAGAGCGGCUGAUCACUGCUUUACGAAACGAGCUGGCAACGAUAUCUCAGCCCGGCUUCGAGCCAGAGACAAGUGUACGUAAAGUGCCCCACAACCUCGACAUGGCCGCCGCAUACGAAACAGCACGAUCAAGACGCAACCGCACGUCCGAUAUCUCAGCUGCUUCGGAGCAAAGCGAAUUCAGCGUCUUCUCAGCAGAUCAGCGGUCAUUGAGUGGCUACAUGGACUCCCCUUGCACGUCCGUGGCCCCGAGUCCAGUUAUGAAGCAUGCUGCACUGCGCCCGAUUAGAAUAUCCACGCCCACUACUCAGCAUGAGCACGCAGCUGUGUCAGUGAUUCCUGUUCCCGAAUGUCAGAAAUGCCAUGAUGUGAACAGCAACGAGGCAUGGGAGGUAAUUGCGAUGAUGAAGGCCGAGUCUCAAGCGCUGAAGGGGAGAAUCGAAGAGCUUGAAGGUGCCAAUGACAAUGCUCUUGACCUGCUCAACGGUCUUUCUCUAGAUGCUCUAGGUUUGAAAUGA